AUGAGCCGAGUUGGGCUUGCCAGCCGGCUUGGCUCACUAUUUGCCGAGCCGAGCUCGUUCGAUACGAGCCCAGGCUCACAGCAUUCUAGUGCGGCCACUCCAGCAAACGUGGCAGACACCUCUCAUUUGGCCAAUUCAGCCCAGCGCGACUCACCCCCGAGUCCAAAGAAUCCAUUCUUGGUUUCUUCAGAGUCUGAACCAUCAUUUCGUCCUGUUCUCAAUAGCACACUUCACCUGGAUCCACCCGUCAAGCCUCGCUCACUCUCAACUGUAUCAGAUACAGACACGAUUGAAUCUGAUCAUGAUUGGGCUUCCAUAAAUCCCACCUGCCAUGCCCCCUUACCUCCAUCCCUUAUUGCUGUAUCUGCUGCAUUGGAAUCACGGGAAAGCGCUGGUAAUGAUGCUACAUAUGUCUGGGGAAACGUUGUUCCACGUGAAGGUGCAGAGCUUCCAGCAAACCACAAGGAACUCGCGCAUCCAGUUCAACUCAAACGUCCAGACUGCAAGUAUGUGGCUUGUAUAUUCUGCAGCAACCAGGGAAUCACGCGUCUCUGGCGCAAUGUAGAUGGUACCACCAGCCCAAUUCGUCGCCAUUUCAAGGAAGAGCAUGAGAAAGAGUGGAAGGUCAUCUGCAUUGCACUCAAGCUCAAGAACUGGGAACGCUAUGCCGAGGAAUUAACCCCUGAAGGCCGCGCUGCUCGUCAAGCUAUGGUCAAGGCUCAGUGGAGUCUUGAUGGUUUCUUGGAACGGCUCACACGCUCUAUUGUAUCCAAUGAUCAGCCAAAUUUCCUUGUGGACAACAAUGAGUUUCGAGAGCUCCUUCUCUAUUACAGCACGUCUGCACUCAAGAACUUGACCAACCUUAUUGAGCCCGACCCGCUUGAUUCCAAUGCAACUGCCGAAGCAAAUGUCAUUUCCACAGAGGAAGACAUUGGAUAUAGUCCUGCUGAACUUGAACCUAGCCAAGUGGUUGACUUUCCUCUGGAGUACCGACGAGUUCUGCGCCGAGAUGUUGUCACCAAAUUGCAGAUGCUUGUCAAUGCAUGCCGGAAGUCACCACAACGACGCGAAUCCCUUCGUUUGCAUGUGAAUGCAGGCCAGGAAGCUGGCCUGUGGACAUUCAAAUAUCGUGAACUCAUCCGCGAUGUGGAGACUCGGUGGUCAUCUCUCUACCUUAUGAUUGAGCGCUAUCUGGAACUGCAUACUGCUAUUGAUAGUUGGUUGGAGUGUACAGACCAACGUGAUCUUCAGAUAUAUCGGCUUGAUGCCCGUGAAGUCGAAGUUCUGCAGCAUAUAAAGAGUCUAUUGGAGUAUUUCCACUCCUUUCAGCAACUUCUCUCGGCAGAGCGGACUCCUUCAAUUCAUCUUGUCAUUCCAGCAUUUGAGCCCCUGAUCACCGAUCUCACUGAGGUCCUUGCUCAGGGACCACUCCUUGCUCAUGCAUACUCUGUUGCAAUUAGCAAGCUCAAGGAGUAUCGCAACAAGUGUAUGGUCAAUCCAGUAUAUGCAGUCGCCAUGGGUCUGUUUUUCCCUGAUCUCCACUACUUUGAUGCGCAGUGGUCGCUAUCAGAGGCACGAGCUGCCCGGUCACUGCUUCGGGAUGAGAUGUACCAAGUCCAGACACAACGGCAUCGUGCCAAUCUUCCAAUCAUUUGUCCACCUGUCACAGCAUUUCCUAUUGGCACCAAUCCGCUUGCCCGAAAAAUUGCAGGGCUCUGCACCAAGCCAAUUCAAUCUAGCUCAGUUUCCUCCCGUCCAGCCCCUGCCACCCCAAGCCAAAUCACAGCAACAAAUGAGCAAAAGGAUUGGGAGGCCGUUGACAGAGAGCUUCGAGCCUAUGAAGAUGAGGAGACAAAUGAGUCUUACGCUCUCUUGGAGAAAGGAAGUCAGAGUUUAUUGGCAUAUUGGCAUUCCCGAAAGGAACGAUUUCCAAUAUUAUAUCAGCUUGCUAUGGAUACACUGCCUGCUCAGGGCUCUGCUGUGUCAUCUGAACGCGUCUUCUCAUCCGCCAAACGCACAAUCACCGACAGUUGCAAUCUGUCGAAGGUUCACCCUUUGACUCUUAGCGCUCACUAA